AUGGCUGGUUCAGUCCCCGCCUGUCAAAGAGGAACAGGAUUUAGGUCGGCACCCACGGGAAAUUCCAGUGCCUUCUCGUCUUUGGUUGAUCGCAGCAUCCAGGCUUGGGCAACACUAAACUACGCCAACCUCGAAGUCGACAAAGCAUCGGCGACUGAGCGCCACGCUGAAAAAUUGCGCAGCUUAAAUUCGAUCGAUGAUCUUCUGCUUGGCCGCGAGUAUUGGUUCUUCCAGUCACGCGAGUCCUUCCUGCGGCAGGAGCGACUGAUGAAGUGGAGCUCAAGCCACUUAGAUCAAUAUGUUCUUUUUCCGAUUGACUACGGCUUUGUCAAUAACAAAGACUGCUUUUUCGUCAGCCACUACUGGCGUACGUCGGAUCACCCGGACCCGGACGGUGUGGACCUUCGAAUGUUCAUUCAAGACUUGAAGGACGCAGAAUGGUCGUAUAUCUGGGUAGACUGGACCUGUAUGCCACAAUACGACGACGGGGCUCGAACCAGACUUGAAGAGUACUACUUCAGAAGGAUGCUCACAUGCAUUCCAAUGCUCGUGCGCGACUGCGCAAUGGCAUGGCGUUAUCCAUCCUUUGAGCCCCGUGCUUGGAUUCUGUACGAAGUGGCAGAAUAUGUCCUCAAUCAUCGAGAAUACGUCAAAACGCCUGACAACAGCCUGUUUAUUCAGCAUAUCGUCGAAAUGUUGGCCUACAACGUCCGUCAGGUACUCGACAUCCACAAAUAUCGGUGCACGAAUAAAUCUGACAUGUUGUUAGUGACGGGCUGGCUAGAAAUACUCAAGAUCGUGUAUGGGAUCUUCCCUGAUGACGUCCAAACUAGACAGGAGGUUCUGGAUCAAAUCAAUCAGCCCUACACAGGGACAUAUGCCAACCCAUCCAUGGACCUCAAGAUUGAUAAGGUCAAGGGUGAGGUGCAUCAUAGGGGAAAGGUGUACUCGUUCACCCCAGUCUUUCACCUCGCCGUCCAUACCAGCCUUCCUCUCCUUCAAAACGGCGCUACAUGA